AUGCCCGAUAAACUCGGCCCGGCUGGCAAAGCCAUGGCAGAAGUCUAUGCCACCGCCAAUGUCGACAUCCAGCUCUGCGUAUGCAUGGUCGGACUACCCGCCCGUGGUAAAACCUAUAUCGCCGAAAAGGUACGACGAUACCUCCAAUGGCUCAGUGUACCCACCAAAUCCUUCAAUGUCGGCAACUAUCGUCGCAAAACCAAUAUGCCCUUCCCCUCAGCCGAGUUCUUCAACCCCGCCAACCCUGAGGGCGAACGGGCGCGUCAGCAAGCAGCGCAAGCGGCCGUGGAUGAUAUGAUCAGUUGGUUCAAAGACGAGACUCACGUCGUUGGUGUUCUCGAUGCAACCAAUUCAACGAAGCAACGGCGGAAAUGGCUCAAACAGACGUGUGACGCACAUGGCAUUGCCGUUCUCUUUGUUGAGAGUGUGUGUGAUGAUGAAGACUUGAUUAUGCGUAAUAUCCUCGAAGUCAAAGUGAGUAGCCCAGACUAUGCAGGGCAGGAUCCUGAGAAGGCUUCAGCGGAUUUCCGUGAACGCAUCAAGAAUUAUGAACGCGCAUACGAGGCUAUUGAUGUCGAUGGGGAUGAACAAAGCUAUACAAGUGUCAAGAUGAUUAAUGGCGGUAAUCAAGUCAUGGUCAAUCAUGUCAAGCACUACCUCGAAUCGCGUAUUGUCCACUUCCUACAAAACCUACACAUCAAGCCUCGCAGUAUUUGGCUCUCGAGACACGGCGAGUCGCAAUUCAAUGUUGAGGGGAAACUCGGCGGUGAUGCACUACUCAGUGAUCGUGGCCGGCAAUACUCAGAGAUGCUUCCGGAGCUUGUGAAGAAGUCAACCGGUGGUCUACAGGAUUUGAGUGUUUGGACCAGUACACUACGUCGCACCAUUGCCACAGCGAAGCAUUUGCCCUUCAAGAAGCUUGAAUGGAAAGCGCUCGAUGAGCUGGAUGCCGGUAUCUGCGAUGGUCUCACUUACGACGACAUUGAACGCCUCCACCCAGAAGAGACCAAACGCGACAAUGACAAAUUCAAUUAUCGGUAUCGCGGCGGCGAAUCUUACCGCGAUGUGGUGAUCCGACUCGAACCUAUCAUCAUGGAGCUCGAACGCCAGGAGAAUGUCAUGAUUGUCUGUCAUCAAGCCGUCUUGCGCUGCAUCUAUGCGUAUUACCACAAUAUCCCACAAGAUGAACUGCCUUACAUCAAUAUUCCGCUACACGAAGUCAUCAAGUUCACGCCCAAACCGUACCAUACAGCAGAAGAGCGGAUUUCCUCAGGCAUCUCAGCAGUCAGUACGCAUCGGCCUAAACCGGCGAAAGUCAAGGCCCUUGAGAUUGUGGAAAAUCUCAAAUAG